GCUGCUCCUCCCGCUGCUGCUGCUGCUGCUCCGCGCCGCGCUCGGCGCUGCCGGCCGUCUGAGCGCCCGCCCCGGCAACGAAGUUAAUCUGCUGGAUUCCAAAACAAUUCAAGGGGAGCUGGGCUGGAUCUCCUACCCGUCGCAUGGGUGGGAAGAGAUCAGCGGUGUUGACGAGCACUACACUCCCAUCAGAACUUACCAAGUGUGCAACGUCAUGGACCACAGCCAGAACAACUGGCUGCGGACCAACUGGAUCCCGCGCAACUCGGCCCAGAAGAUCUACGUGGAGCUCAAGUUCACCCUGAGGGACUGCAACAGCAUCCCCCUGGUGCUGGGCACCUGCAAAGAGACCUUCAACCUCUACUACAUGGAGGCUGACGACGACCGCUCGGUCAAGUUCAAGGAGCACCAGUUUACAAAGAUCGACACCAUCGCGGCCGACGAGAGCUUCACCCAGAUGGACCUGGGCGACCGAAUCCUCAAGCUGAACACGGAGAUCCGUGAGGUGGGGCCCAUCAGCAGGAAGGGCUUCUACCUGGCUUUCCAAGACGUGGGCGCCUGCGUUGCCUUAGUGUCGGUGCGGGUGUACUUCAAGAAGUGCCCUUUCACCGUCAAGAACCUGGCCAUGUUCCCAGACACGGUGCCCAUGGACUCCCAGUCGCUGGUGGAGGUGAGGGGCUCCUGUGUCAACCACUCCAAGGAGGAGGAGCCCCCCAAGAUGUACUGCAGCACGGAGGGAGAGUGGCUGGUGCCCAUUGGGAAGUGCUUGUGCAACGCUGGCUACGAGGAGAGAGGCUUUGCCUGCCAAGCCUGUCGAGCUGGGUUCUACAAAGCCUCUGCUGGCAAUGUGAAGUGUGCCAAAUGCCCCCCUCACAGCUCCACCUACGAAGAUGCAUCUCUGAACUGCAGGUGUGAAAAGAAUUACUUUCGCUCUGAGAAAGACCCUCCAUCCAUGGCUUGCACCAGACCACCAUCCGCCCCGAGAAACGUCAUCUCCAACAUCAACGAGACCUCCGUCAUCCUGGACUGGAGCUGGCCCCUGGACACGGGGGGCAGGAAGGACGUCACCUUCAACAUCGUCUGCAAGAAGUGCUCAGGGGGCGGCCGGCUGUGCGAGCCCUGCAGCGACAACGUGCGCUUCCUGCCGCGCCAGAGCGGCCUCACCAACACCACCGUGACCGUGGUGGACCUGCUGGCACACACCAACUACACCUUCGAGAUCGACGCGCUCAACGGCGUCUCCGACCUCAGCACCCUGGCCAGGCAGUUCGCUGCUGUCAGCAUCACCACCAACCAGGCUGCUCCAUCCCCCAUCACAGUCAUAAGGAAGGACAGGACGUCCAGGAACAGCGUGUCCCUCUCCUGGCAGGAGCCUGAGCAUCCCAACGGGAUCAUCUUGGACUACGAGGUCAAAUACUACGAAAAGCAGGAACAAGAGACAAGCUAUACAAUUCUGAGAGCCAAGGGAACCAACGUGACCAUCAGUGGCCUCAAGCCUGACACCACCUAUGUCUUCCAAAUCCGAGCCAGGACUGCAGCUGGAUACGGGACCAGCAGCCGCAAGUUUGAGUUUGAGACCAGCCCAGACUCCUUCUCCAUCUCCAGUGAGAACAGCCAGGUGGUGCUGAUUGCCAUUUCAGCAGCAGUGGCCAUCAUCCUCCUCACAGUGGUGGUGUAUGUCUUGAUUGGGAGAUUCUGUGGAUACAAAAAAUCUAAACAUGGCACUGAUGAGAAAAGGCUGCAUUUUGGGAAUGGCCAUUUAAAGCUCCCUGGUCUGAGAACUUAUGUAGAUCCACACACAUAUGAGGAUCCCAACCAAGCUGUGCAUGAAUUUGCCAAGGAACUGGAUGCUUCCAAUAUAUCCAUUGAUAAAGUAGUUGGAGCAGGAGAAUUUGGAGAAGUGUGCAGUGGACGCCUGAAGCUGCCUUCUAAAAAGGAAAUUUCAGUGGCCAUCAAGACCCUGAAAGUUGGCUACACAGAGAAGCAGAGGAGGGACUUCCUGGGAGAAGCCAGCAUCAUGGGCCAGUUUGACCACCCCAACAUCAUCCGGCUGGAGGGAGUCGUCACUAAAAGUAAACCAGUUAUGAUUGUUACUGAAUAUAUGGAAAAUGGUUCCUUGGACAGCUUCCUACGAAAGCAUGAUGCCCAGUUCACAGUCAUCCAGCUGGUGGGCAUGCUUCGAGGGAUUGCAUCUGGCAUGAAGUACCUGUCGGAUAUGGGUUACGUCCAUCGGGAUUUAGCCGCUCGUAACAUCCUCAUCAACAGCAACCUGGUCUGCAAAGUCUCAGAUUUUGGUCUCUCUCGUGUACUGGAGGAUGACCCAGAAGCUGCUUACACCACAAGGGACAGUCAAAAGGACUCUCUGGUUUUGUUUUGCUCCCAGGGGGGCAAGAUUCCCAUCCGAUGGACAUCUCCAGAAGCUAUUGCCUAUCGGAAGUUCACGUCAGCCAGCGACGCCUGGAGCUAUGGGAUUGUGCUCUGGGAGGUGAUGUCUUAUGGGGAGAGACCCUACUGGGAGAUGUCCAACCAGGAUGUGAUUAAGGCUGUGGAUGAAGGGUACCGCCUGCCACCUCCCAUGGACUGCCCAGCUGCCUUGUAUCAGCUGAUGCUGGACUGCUGGCAGAAGGACAGAAACAACAGACCCAAGUUUGAGCAGAUUGUCAGCAUCCUGGAUAAGCUGAUCCGUAAUCCCAGCAGUCUGAAAAUAAUCACCAACGCGGCGGCAAGGCCAUCAAAUCUCCUCCUGGACCAAAGCAACGUUGACAUUUCAGCCUUCCGCACCGCGAGCGAUUGGCUCAACGGGUUUCGGACAGGGCAGUGCAAGGACAUCUUCACAGGGGUGGAGUACAGCUCCUGUGACACCAUAGCCAAGAUUUCCACAGAUGACAUGAAGAAAGUUGGCGUUACAGUGGUGGGCCCUCAAAAGAAGAUUGUCAGCAGUAUCAAAGCUCUAGAAACUCAUACAAAGAACAGCCCUGUUCCUGUGUAAGGUACCAAAAGGAUGUUGCUCAGGAGAGGAAAAUGAAAAAGGAGCAAAGUUGCAUUGCAGGUGAAAAGUGACGGCUGACAAAUGGCAGAAUUUAAAGGAGAUCUUUGCAACAGCUUUGGAAACACAAUGGUUGAGAUUUCAAACCCACAAGACACUCAAAUACUGAGUAUAAAUGCCUUAAAAAUAGGAGCAAACUUGUUUUCUAUCUGUUAAUCCUAAAGGGUGGGUGCUCUUGACUGACUGUUAAUGCAGAUAGUAAAUAUCAAAAGAAAAAAAAAAAAAAAAGUGAAAAAAUCCUUCCAAGUAAAAACCAGUGUUACUAAAACUUAGAGCCAUUUGAAUAUUAAGUGACUGAAUAACAGAAAAAAACCAUGGACAUAAAAGCUGUGUAUUUGAUCUAUACAGCAAACAAGAAGAAAGAAAGACUUGCAGUAUUUUUAUACAGAAGAGAUCUGUAACAGGUAUUUUAUUUCUUUAAAAGCAAGGAAAAUAGAGGACUAUACCUCACAACCUGUCUGGCCAUAUUUACUAUAAUGUCAUUGUAACAUGCUAUUUCAGCUUCAGGAAGGAACACAGAAAUAAAGUUUGUAGUGACUUUGAGUUAGUUGACAAAAGAUUUUCACCAUUAUGUUAGCUUCCCUAACUGUGUUCAUUUAAAUAGAAACAAGUCUUAAUUUUUAAAAAGCUUAUUUAUUUUCUUGGUUUGUUUCUUUUUUUUCCAUUAUUGUUUAUAUUUAUGCUUAAAUACCUUAACCUGGCUGUAUUAUUGCCAAGUGCCAAAUGUUAUCCAAACUUCAUUGGUUCAACCUGAGAAAUUGAGGGUUAGUUACUAGAUGAUUUUAUACUCAUAGCAUCAUGCAUGGAAUACAGAAGGAAAGAAAGGUGGUCUUUUUUCCAGCACUGACACUAUGAAAAGCAUCUGGACUUUUUUUUGGCCAUGAGAUUUCUUCCAUUUGUUGUGAGUGGUAUUUUCAACCAGGCUGGGGUUUUGGCAGUGGUGUGUGCAUUGGUCUUUAGAUCAGGAUCUGCCCCAAACAGCACAUCCCAUUUCCUUCCCCAGGGCUUCUUUCCUGUCACAACAAUUUUCCUGGUUUUGGGGGGUGUUCAGGUGAGGGAUCUGCCAAGAAAAUAUAAAAGAGGGCCAGGGUUUGAUGCAUUUAACUGGAGAUGCUUUUUGAGUUCCCUGGGAAGUGACCCUUGUUUAAAAGGAUGACUUAAGCUGCGAAGGGAGGCUUUGGUGUGGAAGUUUACUGAGCUGGAAAUCCCCCUGUGGAGGCACUGCCAUCCUGUAGGGGACCUGAAUUUUUGGCACAGCUUCAGAGGGUACCUGUGCCUUGAAAGAAAGCAAAAGGGAGCCCAAGUCUAGGAGAACAUUCACAUCUCCCACUGGAAAAAGGAGACUGGAAGGUGCAUUUUGAGGGCCCUCCACCAUUUCCAGCAUCUUCCAAAGGACUUCCCAACUCCUGAGUUGUGCUCUGGAGCACAUCAGUCCCAGUUCUGAGCAGACACCGCUCUUUGCUCUGAAAAUGAAUGGUUUAAAACACAGUGUGAGCCAUUUCUUGUUCUUCUUAAUGCCCCAGAUGUGAUUCCAGGCACACAGAGAGCAGGCCUUGGUCACCAGGGGAAGCCAUUCUGCUUUCCAACUUGACAUUCUGGAAUCUAGGCUUGAUUCUGAUGAUGAAUCCCUAAAAAUUCCAGGCUGUGUGAGCGGCAGAUGAAAAAAUGGCACAUUGUGUUUUCUCUGGGCAUGCAAAAGCACAAGGACCACUUGUGCUUCCUUCUGCUGGCUUGGGUUUGAAGCUCCUUGGUAUGAAAGUGAGGAAAGAAUCAGGUUCUGGGAUCUGUGGGGGUGAAACUGUUCUGCAUGAAUCCAGGCCUUAAAAAAUGUCCAGGCACCACAUUUAUCACACACUGCUAAACAGAUGAAGUGUUAGAGGCUUUUUCAUGUGGGCUGGUAGUGAGCAUGCUGUAAAGGACUGGGCCUGAAACACUCACAGCAAAUUAAUUAGUCAUUCUCUCUGAAAGAGAAGUGAAUGGGUUUUAAAAUUGAAAUUUAAAAAUGAAAAUGGAAGAAAGGUAAAAUAAAGCACUUAAGCUGUAAAGAACACUUCCCCUUAUCUGCCCCAAUCUAUCAUGAAAUACAGAAAAGCUGUUUUGUGUUGCUUAGUUCAUUCAGAAUCAAUCUGUACUUUGGGUUGAGAUUGCUCUAAAUCAGACACUGUUAGUGAAUUCAAGCCACCAAAGCCCAGUGGCAAACACUGUCUGUGUGGGGACAGCUUUUUGUGACAUUUCUCCUCAGCUUCACCCUGCUG